AUGCCGUCAGCAGCGGCGAGAAGGAUCUACGAGGAUCAAAUCCCCUCCUUCAUGUCAGUCUUCGACCUCGACGCAGAGACAAUCGCUGCCCAGGAAACCGUAACCCUCGUCGACCCAAAGUUGAUCGAGAUGGAAGCCGCCGGCAAGCCACUGGCCCAGCCGGGUGUUCAACACCUCCGACCGACAAUACCCUCAGAUCCUACGCACAAGCACCACGACAGUACUUCCACCCAGGCAUCCGAGUCGGCAGAGUCAUCACCCACAACCACCCUGUCAACAAGUGAUUCUUCUCCAUUGUCCGACCCUUCGCCUUCAUCUUCCCCCGACUCACCCGUCAAUCUGAUUCCUCUGUCAUCCUUCCCGGCCACCUCUUUUGGCGCUCUGCCCCCAAUUUCUUCGAUGAACACCCUCUCAGCGGCGGAGACUUCGAGCUUCGGCCGACCGAUGACGUCUCCUUCGCCGCGCCGCCCAAAGAACAUGAAGGGUCUGUCCAUUCAGCCGCCCUUCAUGGGCAACACUGCCACGACGCUCGCAUCUGAGCCCGCAUCGCCCUCAUUCAUCAAGCCUACCAUCCCGGGCAUGAAGCGCAAGCCUAGUCAAUUGAGCCUCAACACGAAGACGUCGGAUCUUGUCAUGAGGAACACGCUCGAGGUUCCCGGCACACCUGGAAUGGCACCUAUCAUGCAACGGCGCGCGCUGAAGCACUCGACUUCUUCCCCCCACAUGCUGCCUUCGUUGAAGUCGGCAACAUUCGGCCCUCCCGGCGGAAUGGGAUUCCCCAAGGUUCUGGAGCGUAAUGAGUCCGGUCUGUCAGAGCUGUUGAGGCCUACCAAGACGGGCGUUGGCUCCUCCUUUGACACGACGAUUGUCGAGGAAGAUUCGCCCAUCAAGACGCAGAUGGCCAGCCGCGCAGCCCUCGACUUCGAGCCGUACCACGAGAACGAGAAUAACGAAGAUCAGAAGACUCCCGGAUACCCUGAUGGCCCGAUCGCCAUCUAUGAGGACAACGUUUAUCUCUACUUGGAGCCGACGGCGGAUGAGGCGUCCAAGUUUGACACGGUUAUUAACGUAGCGCGGGAAGUGAGGAACCCAUUCUCAGUGCUGCCCAAGGCAGAUGUUGAGAUGACGGACUCGCCCGCCGUCCUCAGCCCUAUCCCCGACAGUGCCGUGUCAAACGCCAGCUUCUCGACGGCGUUCGAGUUUGCUACCGACGGCAGAGUUGAGACCCCGACAACGCCCAAGGCCAUGUCCUUCUCCGUGAAGCGCCCGGAGUACAUCCACAUGCCCUGGGACCACAACACGGAUAUCGCGCAGGAUCUGAUGCAUCUCUGCGAGACGAUUGAAUCACGCACGAAGGAGGGCAAGAGGGUCCUUGUUCACUGCCAACAAGGUGCCAGCCGAUCCGCCAGUCUGAUCAUCGCUUACGGUCUCUACCGCAAUCCUGACCUCAGUGUCAACGACGCUUACUACGCUGCUCAGGGCAAGAGCAAAUGGAUUAGCCCCAACAUGAAACUCAUGUACUGCUUGCAGGACUUUCAAAAGCAAGUAUCAAAGAAGAAGGCACCCCUUGGCUCAGCCUUCCGCCCCCGAACCGGUCGCAGCCCCACGAAGCACCGUCUGACGCUGUCGGCGGACGCUGCCAUCGAUACCGCCCCGAAGGAGCCUUUGACGGCUCCCCUACCAGGAGAAAAUGAAGGCAGCUCAGGGAAUUUGAGUCCGAAGAAGGGCAGCCCGACCCGUGCACGAGGUCAUUCAACACCUGGCAGCCAGCCAAUCUCACCGGGACCCUCAUCAGCGCCUUCGAGCUUCUCAUGCUCAGAAAGCGAGUCCGCAUCCAACUCCGCCAAGUUUGGAAGAUUUGAUGUGGACAGAUUGCUUCCGACACUCAAACCGCCACCAUCCGAUACUGGUUUUGCGUCGUCUUCAUCAUUCUUUGCCAAGCCGCCGCCAUCACCUGGCCCACCCCCAUCGCCUGGAUUUGGUGCACACCGAUUUGGACCCUCGGCAGGCUUCGGCUUCUCCAGCUUAAAUCUUGGACCGUCAUACGAGCACGAACCGGAAGAAAAAUCGCACAAGGAACGACACGUCGCGGUCGCGCUACCCGAAGACGCGGCGCUCAUGUCACCGAGAGCCGAGACGAUGACGAACAACCCGCUGCACGACGCCUACAACGAAUUCGCGGGUAUGCGAUUUGUCGAGGUGCCGCCUACACCGAGUGAAGGUCUGUUCUCGCCUCGGGAAACAAUGUUCCCCAGGGAUCCCUUCUUCCCCUUCGGACGUCCCACCCAAGUGGCCGACCCGCGAAGUCCGCCUACAAAAGGUGAAACGCCAAUUGUGAGGUCUAUUGACGAGCUGCUAUGA